UCAGCCGCAGAAGAACGCGGUUUGAAGGAAAAGUUGUAAAACUUUUUUUUCUUCCAUCCAAAAAAUACCCCACCAUUAGAAGUUCGAAAAUCCCCAAAUAGCCUAGUUCGGUAUUCGUUACCAGAGGGCGAACAUACCUUUUCGCCCAUGCCGUACUGUAGCUCUACCACUGCCGAGGCAAAUCAUCAAGUUGUAUUACAGGGCCCAUGACGGCCUAGUCUUGGGGGGAAUUGAUUGCAAGUUUUUAGCGAACGGAUCGGCAUCAAGACGGCUUUUAACCGGCGUGUUGCUAUUGACUUAUCGCGGUGUUUGGAUUGAUUUGACAUUACCCUUUCACCACUCGGAGCACAUGCUAAUGUUGGAUUGUUGAUUAAUUGUGACAGUGGAACGGUGGUCGUCAAUGGACACGAUUUGUUUUAAUUAUAGACAUUUAUAAACAUUUUAUUAGGUAUUCUGUUUCUGACAGACUGGAACCUGAUGCCGAACUUUUCAGAAUUUAAAAACGACCCUUUGACGGGGUCGUGGGAUUGCAUUUUGUAGAGCAUCCAAUAAUGGAUGCUAGCUUUUAUUUUGUGCAUCAAGACGACAGCAGUCAAGAAUUAGAUGACCAGAUUGUGCCAAGCUCUAAACUUACUCUUUUCCAUGAUCAGAAUGCAGCUUUGCCAUUUAUAACAGCCUCUGCAACGAAAGUCCUCGAAAGGAACAGAACUUCUUACGUAGGGGAUCUAGUCCAAGUUACCGUGGCGAAGUCUUCAGAAAAACUUCAGGGACUUGUCGGACACGAAUUAUCAACCGAUUCUGUCAGUAACCAGUCUCUUGAAGGAGAAGAGAACAUCAACAGUGACGAGCGUAUCAGUGAUUUUGUGAAAACCAUUCAGAAUUACCGUAAAAGCUUUAGUAGCCCUUACUUUAAUGGUGAUUCUGACGAAUUCUUUGAAGAUAACUCUAAAGAAUCGACUGGAUUUUCAUGUAAAGAAAUAAUCGAGAACUUCGAAAAUUCCAGAAGUGAAGAUUUAGAACACAGUUCAGAAUAUUUGUCACCGAAUAAUAAAUAUUUGUAUCAGGAACAAUAUAAUUCUCGUAAAGAAUAUAAUUUCACACCUGCAUCUAAAAUGUUUAUGGCACAAAGUAGAAUGAACAGUGGCCCACAUGACAGUAUGAUAGGAGGUGGUUUAAAUAACGGUUAUGCUCAACCUGGACAUUUUGGAAACCCAGGCUAUUUUAUGGGUCAGCCAUCGGGCACCCAAUCUAUGUAUAGUUACCCUGAUACGUCUUGUCGGAUGGCAGUUUCUGCAACCGAGCUUAGUCAGAACUUUAACAGAGCGGCUACUUACGAAAAUGAUCUCAGACUUAAUUACCAUAGCCCAAACACAGAUUAUAGUGCGAAUUUUGCUAAUCCUAAUUCCGGGUCUUGUUAUAACAGCCACUGCAACACGGACAUGCGCAUGAGUUAUAAUAACGCAAAUGGCAACUCCAUCGGUGAUGUUAAUUCAGUCAGUUACCCUGGAGGAGUAAAUGGGUACCAUCAAAGUGGUCAUCUUAAUAAUACUCUGUAUCAUCAGCCACAUCAGAAUGCGAAAUCUGAUUGCUCGACUGAUGUAUUUGCCAAGCCCGCUGCAUUUGCAGAACAUUGUUCAAGUGUGCGCAGCAAGGUUGAUAUUUCCAGGCCUGUAAUGCCAUCCAGCCAAGAUGCUGUCUCAGUAAAAACUGAAUUAGUUCGUAAUCACUGUCCAUUUACUCUAAGUGGGAGUACCAAUGGAGCUUAUAAUGCUCCUGAUCAGCAACAUAUGUUUAUGGGAAGUGUCCCAUCAUCGAUAGCCAAAGACGAUUGUUAUAGAUCUCGUAUCCCAUCCACCGCAGUGACUGCUUAUCCAUCAUCAGGACCAGGUCUUCAGCACAACCACCCGGCUCCUCAUCAACAAUUCAUUGAUACAUCAAGGCAGCCAUGUUUCAAGGUAGGGAGCAAUGCUUCAUCAACGAACAAUAUCCCAAAUGCCAAUGGCUCUUACGAACCGCUAACUCCACCACCGUCAGAACCGAAUACAAGCCCUCCAUUAGAAAGCUUACCGAGGAAAACCCCUCCGCCUCCCUAUCCGGCACCAUUUUCCGCAUCAAAAAAUGGAGAACUUCCUACUCAGACAAAGUACAACAGAAGAAACAACCCCGAUCUUGAGAAAAGACGAACGCACUUUUGUAACUUUCCAGGUUGCAAUAAAGUUUAUACAAAGAGUUCUCAUUUGAAAGCCCAUCAACGGAUACAUACAGGUGAAAAGCCGUACAAAUGUUCAUGGACUGAAUGCGACUGGCGCUUUGCCCGGUCCGAUGAAUUGACCCGACAUACGAGAAAACAUACAGGUGAUAAGCCCUUUAAAUGCCGCGUCUGUGAGCGGGCAUUCGCAAGGUCGGAUCAUCUGGCUCUGCACAUGAAACGACACCAGCCCAAACUCAACCGGCCAGCUACCGCAGCUACAGCUUAAGAAGCUCAACUUCAUAAGGAUUGGUAUCCGUAAAAUUGCGUUCCAUCGGUGAGAGCUGAACAUAUUGCUCAUCUUCACCAAGAAUGAGCUGAUUUAUCAGUGAAAUGGAUGCAAAACCGUCCAAAUUAUACAAAUUUCACAAAUCGAGAUGUAGCGAAAAAUUUUUGAAGCAGACUUUCUGCGUUUUCGCAUGGAGUGUGUAGAUACUUCACAUAAAAACUGUAUGGGUUGAAAUGAGUCGUGUCUUUUUCCUUUGAUUUUAUUAUUUCAGUGUGAAAUCCAUAUUUAUGGAUACGUUGGAUUUUGCGAGAACUUUUUGAUUCUGAAUUUUGGUGCACCGAAUUCUAUUAUUUGUGCGAUUCAGUUCGGACAUCAUAUUAUAACUGUUAAAAUGAAGAUUAUGUGAAAAAAAUAGUAAGUUGAAUUUUUUGGUUGCCAUGCUAUGAAAAUUAGUGUUUCCUUACAUUUAAAUAUCAAUUUAUCCCUUGCAAUAGUUAGUUCAAGGAUUUGUUGUUGAAAUUAAUCAGUUUGGUUAAAAUAGUUUUCAAUUUUAUUAUUGACAAUGUGUUUCGAAGUGCCUAUUUUAUUGUUAUAAUCGAUUUUAUAUAAAUGUUAAUUGAAGCAAAUUUUUGGUAGAAAAUUCUUAGAUGAGCACUUGAUAUUCCUGCGUAUAUAAAAUACACACAUUUUACUUUAUUUUAAUAGUCUGCAGCACAAAUAUUAAAUACUUUCGCACUGAUUUGCAAUAAUUUAUAUUCGUGAGUUCAUUUUAAAAAUACUCGCCACAACACUUUGACAUUUUUCACGUAAUUUAACGUUUUCAAGAAUAACGUUUUAAGCAUAUUCUCUGUUUGUAAUCAUUAUUCAUAAGAGAAUGCACAAUGCAUGAUUAGUUAGUAAGCUUUCAGUUGUCUGAAUAGUUAUGUAGCAACUAGUUUGAACUAGUCAGAUUGUUUUGAAGAGAUCAUCUUUAUCUUCAUUCAAAUUACUGCAAUCAUAAAUGUUGAAUUAUUUCAUAUAAAGUUAAAUAAGUUUUCUUGCAAUUUUAAGAUUAGAAAAAUAUUUUGGAAAGCAAAAUAUUUUUUAAACAAAUCUUAUUUUAUUGUUUUUAUCACAUAUGAUUUAACUUUAUUUUACAUAGUGCCGAAAGUUUAAAAAUAUAUUUAAUAUCAAAAACUUCCAGUUUUUUUACGAUGAAAAAUUUAGGCGAAAGCUAGUAACAUAGAUAAGAGAUUUUAUAUUUAAUUACCUACAAAAUUUUACGAGAAAAAUGAGUUAUUUUGAUAGAAAUUUCAAAAUAUUUUUAAAUUGAAACCAUUGAGUUUAUUAAUACCAGUUGUAAAAAUGAUUUUCUUAAUGUUCUUAUAGUAUAGAUUCCAACCUCUGUCUUUUGCUAGAAUAAUGCAAGAUUCAGAAACAAUUUAUGGAUUGCAUUUAAAAAAUUCAUAUAUUUGUUUCAUGAGAAGAAGGUUGUAUUUUCAUUCAUUUUCAGUCCAAUGCGCUUUGUAAAGAAUUAAACAUUUAAGUGAGGGAAUAGAUUUAAUGCCUUAAAAAAAUCUUUGGAUUUUAAACAUUGUAUUUUAGUCCAGUCGAAUUGGCAUGAAAAGUUAUCAAAAUAUAGAAAAAAGACAAAGCUAUUUCAUUGUUUCAAAUCGAGUUGAGUUGGUUAUCUGGUCAUCCAAAACAGACCCCUAAGUGUGAUUCGGAUAUCAUGAAAUCGUGGAAAAAAUGGUGAAAAUUAAAUUUGAAAAAGAAAAAAAUUCUUUGUGGUGAUUUAUUUACAAAAAUUAUUAAAUACUAGUGUUCGCGAGCGAAACGAUCGUCGGAAAAUCAAUUAAUGUUUUAUAAUUGAGAAAAAAUGUUAAUUUCAAAUUAAGUUCUCAUUUUUUGAAAUUGCCUAAUAUGAUGCCUGUUGAAAUCGUACAACAACACAUUUUAAACAGAAUUUAUUUUGGUCUGCGAAUUCUGACUGAUAAGAAAGUACGUAUAGGCAUUUUUCGACAACUUUUUCGCCUACGAAGUUGAAUUUUUUAAAAAAUAAUCCAGAUAUCGAUCUGAAAUUUUUAAUAAAUUCUUCCAUCUUUGUAACUCGUACUCGUAUUCCAAAAAAUUUUCCACAUUAAAGAAAAAAAAAUCAAAGUAAAAAGCUAUCAUAAAAUUUUUCAUUUAAAAGAUCUUUUUCACACCUACACCUUUUUGAUUUAAAUUUUUUCUCUCAGAUACCGAUAGGAAUAUCCGAUCUUUCAACUCACCUCAUAUCCGAUAUCAUCUCCUGAUGAAAACUUAAAAGCCCCGUUUUAGAUAACAAAUUUUAUCUAUUUAAAUCGAUAAAUCUGCUGUUUCGUAUUUUUCUCGUGUAAAAGCAAAAUGCGACCGGAUUAUUUUACGAAAACCAGUAUAUUGUCAAAAAAUUAUGCAAAGAUACUUUGAAGAGUUUUCAUAAAUAAUUUCGUUUUUAAUUUUUAACCCUCUUGUCUCAGAUCCUGUCGAAAUCGUUUUUCUGUUAUUCCAUAUAGUUUGAUGCACGAUGUUAUUAUAACGUCACAUAAGUAUAACAAUUUGAUUGCUUGUUGUAGAAGUAUUUGAAAUUAUUUGCAAAUGUUAUACAUAAAUUGCGAAUAAAUAUGAAUACAGUACAGGUGAAAAGAUCACAGGUAAGAGGGUAUUUAAGAUGAAGCUUAAAAAAGUUUAAAAAUUUAUUUCUACAAAAUUCGUAUUAAUUGUAGUAAAAAUUAUAUUGAACAUCAUCAUUGUUGAAUUAUUGAAUGGGAUUCUCAAAAAUAUUUUUAAAUAUUCCCUCCCAUUGUAAUACCUUAAUUAUAAAUAUUUUGUAUAAAGAAAUCUAUCAAAUGUAUUUUAGGUGAUUAUGUGAAAUAAUUAAAUAUAUUAGUUUGAAUUCAGAAUCGCAAAGAUAGGUCAAAAGUUACGGCAAUAUUGUAAUUCAUAUUAAAAAUUUUAAAAUGGAUCUUUUAUAAAUGAUGUUAGUGACUUUUAAAGAUAUUAAAACUGAAUCUUUUGUAAAUGAUGCUUCUAAAUGGUACUAAGUAAUAUAUAUUUUAGAUUAAACUAUCAUGUUCGAAUUAAUCUUGAGUCCUACAGAAUCACGAAUUUGUUCUGAAUAUCAGAUCGAAUCUGUAAAACCAAACUUAAAAAAUAUUUCCAUUACUUUUAUUUGAUUAUUUAAUUAGUGUUUUUAUUUCUAUGAUUAAAAAUGUUUGAAUUUUUAAGACAUUUUUGUUAGUAAUUCGUUGUCAGUGUUAACAAACACGAUACGUUAGUGCAGUUGUGAAUCUCUUGUGCAAAGUAUUUAUUCGUUAAUUACUCGUCUCUUAUUAAUUACAGUUUUCAUGUGUUAAAAGUUGUUUGUUGUAUCAGUAAUUUGUUUUGAUCUAAAAACAUCGUCAAUGUUACAGUUUAGAUUUGCUGUGUAAAUUUAUAUUCACGUGUUUACAGGUUUUACAUGCGAAAGCAUGUUAAGUUGCACUAAAAAAAAUGUCUUUCACACAAUGUAUAAUUUUUCUAUUGUGCCUUAUUUUUUCACUCAUGAUCUUUUAUUUAAUAGUGCCUUAUAUAUACAUGUAUUCAUGAAUGAUUGGUUGUGAAAUUUGUAACGCAGUUCUGCAAAGAAUUCAGUUGUGUUUUUAUUAAAUGCUCAUGAAGCAAAGUAAAAGCUGUAUUGUUAUGAUUUUUCUAAA